UUGGGGCGAGUCGAUAUGACUCUAGAUGACACGUGAUGGAGUCAUAGAUAUGUAUCACGACAUCCAUCUUGACAGAUGAUAUUUGAUCAACAAUGAGUGACGUACAUGUCGUGAGCACAGGUGAUGACAGCAGAGCAUGUGACCGCGUUUGAUGCUCGCGCCACAUCUUGUCCGCGGUCUUUCGGUCAUCGCCCGCUGCUCGACAUAAUAUUGGUCGGUUUACGACGCUAUCGAUUCCAGCACUCUUACGAUGCGAGGUAAGCCCGAUCGAGUUUUUGGAAGUCUCCUUUAAUCCCUGUCCUCGAUACGAUGAGGGCUGCCAACGCCGAGUUUGCAAUCCGUAAUCCCUCGGCCCGAGCUGUACAGGGCCCAUCUAUUGUCGCGUCUAAUGGGAUGCUGGUGAAGUAGACAUUCAGCGAAGUGUCUUUACACGAAGGAUGGGAUGGAUCGAUGGAUGGGAAAAUCGCAAAGUCUCAGGGCUCAUCUGUGAUGCUCAUGUACCACCUGCAGUCCUAUCGCGCGUAGGCGCGCUGCUGCUUUCAAUGCGCGCCUCGCCCCAACGCUUCUUGUCUGGAAUCUCGCAAUCAGAGACGCACGAUCUGCCCAGCAUAUCUUGAAGCUCGACGAGACCAGCAGUCUCCGACAGACGAUUCCCCCCGCGGCUUCUCCGUCGCAUCCGCUUCCAUCAUCUCCGUGACUCGUGAGCGAGGAUCUGCCUCCAACGUACUGCAAACGGCAAACGGCACACGGCAAGCUGGUGUUCGUAACGGCGAGCGAUCGCCGCUGGAGUCUGGCCCACCGUCGACCCUUUUAACAAACUUCACCGCACGGAGGCAUUCCGGCUCGCGAGCGAUCGUCGCAGCAGAUCUGGCAGGAAGAAUGCCCUCCUCGGUAUGCCGUCGGGAGAUCCGUGUACGACCUGGGCGCCAACUGCUGCAGCGCGCGAAUCCGUGGCACGGUCUGUGCCGGGAUAGACUCUCUUAUAUGAACCUGGGAACUCGCCCGGAUAGGUAUGUCUGCGAUGCGCGUUUAUCCCGAGACCAAUGCAGUCGCGCGCAAUCAGGCUUCAGGGACUUGAUGCACUAUGUCUUUGCUCAGGGUGCUGGCGCAACCUUGGAUGACCCGUAUCUUGUGGCGCCGCUCGCACGACACCUCUUCCGCAGCGUCCGUUGCCAAAAGGGAUAGAUUGGGGAACCGAUUUGUGAGCCGAGUCGCACCGAAAUGCGACUUGGAAUGUCUUGUUCUAUGUCUCAUGCGUGUGUGUCCAUCGUGGUCGGCUCUUGUUGAUGCUGUAGAUCUGAUAUGUAGCGACUAUCUGUUCUCAGAGAUUGCUCGCAACCCAUAAUCGUCACAUUGAUUUUCGGCUUGGAUCUGCUGUGUGGCGAUUAAUAUCCUUUCCAGGCUGUACUCGACAUUCGGGAUAUGUACGGAAUGGAAAGUGGCCUCCCUCUCGGUUAGCUGUCACCUGCUCACAGGUCGCCUAACCUCGCAACAUCUACUUCAAAUCCAGCAUGGAAGGGAAUGCCGAUGUGCGCUUACUAGCCUAUUGCUACUUACUUCUAUGUUAUGGAAAUCGAACUACAGCACUAGUACGCUUCCCCGGAAAGUUCCUAUCACGGUGCUACUUCUUCGGGAAGUCACCGAAUUCUACAGACUGCGUCCGUUGCCUGGCCUGGCCCUUCUGCAUUGCGUGCUGAGCUAUUCUGCCAUAUCAGUGGCGGGGAAUCGCAGUCCCCGGCGGUGACCGUGUCUUUCGAAUCUCCGGUGUUCCUCUGUAAGCAGACUUACAUUGGCAUUUGACGCUUUGAUCUUAUCUUGCCGAUCGCUCCCUGUCCGAUGCUCUUUUCGACUUCCAUUGCUGUGGGCUGUAAGCUGUAGCCCACUCUCAUCAUCUUGGAUGCAUCUGAGUGCUGUUCGGCUGGCAUCCGUUCUAUCCUCUGUGAUCGCUUGUUUGUCGGUUCCGCGUAGGGGGUCCCUUUCGAGCAGGCCAUGCCGCCGCAACGUGUGUGAUGAGAACGUGUUUGUUCUUUCUCGGAUUUGUUGUGGUACCAAAGAUGCACACCUACGCAUGCGUGCAGCAGCGACUACACCGCUGCCGUGGGAGGAGACGAGGUAUUUGGAGACACAGACCAGACUAUUCGGGGUGCGAUACGAAUCGUGUCUGGGUGGAAUGCUGAUGCACUGCCACCAACGUUGUUUCAUGUCUUCGAUGUCGUGUCGUCGUCCCCCCUGCAAGUUCGGGAUCACGGAUUCCAUUCCGCUUUCCGACCCAGGAUCCGACCCCAAGAAUGUAAUUCAGCAGGGUGGCCCAAAUGGGCGCUUUGUGAAUGGUCUGCGGAGCCGUGGUGUCCGAUCGCGAAUUCAGCCAAACAGCAAACAAUUGUCACGCUACACCCACGGCCUCUCCUAACUUGGUAGCAGGCGCGAGAUGGCCCCGGCGCUGCGCGGAACGGCGGGCUCGAAGACGAGCUGUGCUGGCACGGGGGGUCUGGUUACGAUUGCGUCAAAGUACGAAACUGGGGAUGGAUCGCACCUCAAGGCUUUUCCGUAACAGCAUCCUGUUGUUACCCACGUUCAGAUCUAACUGCGGUCGGUAUAAAGGGACGAAGCGCAAUGAGGCUGGCCAACACGCACGGAAGUUACCCAUAAAAGCCUGUCUUAUCAGCCGCCGCUCUUUCAUUCGGACAGCCUGCCCCCCAUGUCUGCCACACCCGCUACAAUAUCUGCACUACCCCCGUGCUACCCCUCCGCGCCGAGCUACUCUGUUGAGCCCGCGCCCGACGAGAAGCGGCUGGAGUUCAGCAGACGAUACCACUCCCGUGCACAACCGACGGGCAACUUUGUUAAGCGCACGGAGGACGCUGCAGUCGUGUUGCUCGAGCAGGACGACGAUGCGGAGAUCCCCGUGUAUGGACGCGGCGCGUCUAUCAGAGGGUUCGUCACUAUCGACCAGGACCGAGAGCUUGUUUCCGAGGUCGUAGUCAAAAUCAAAGGCAGAAUCGAGGCCAUGGUCUCCGAAGCGGGUGCCCAUAGGCAAACGAUACUGGAUGACUCGCACACGCUGUGGUCCUCAUCGUCGUCGCGAAACAGUUCCGUCUGUCCCGGAGCUGUGCCGUUCGUGGUGACCCUCCCCACCCAUUUCAAGCACUACUCGCCGACCGGGGCGCGAGAUCUCUCGCUGCCCGCAUCCUACGAGCUGCCGAACUCGACUGUUCCCGGCCUGUUUCUCAGGAUAUCAUAUAUCAUGCAGAUCGUGGUGACCCGCGUUCGAUCUCAGCGAUGGAACUUCAUUGCCAAGAAAAGCAAGCUCGUGUGUGUCCCGUUCAAAUAUAGCCCCCGCUCGCAACCCGCGGCGCCGAUCCACCCGGUGUCUGACUUUUUCCUGGACAUCAAGACGAUGCCGGAGGAGUUCCGGCAGAUCGUCUGGCAGCUCACGCCGCGGCCAAAAUCGAGCGUGGAUCCGCUGGACCUGCAGCUCUUCCUGCCGGCCUCCGGCGUUUUCGCACUGGACGACACGCUGCCCUUCCACGUCCAUCUGUCCGGCCCCCGUGCGUCGCUGCGGCGCUUCGCCCCGGCGUCUGUGUCUGCGGCUGCGGGGGACGAGUCGCUUGCGGUGAUGCUCGUGAGGCAGAUCGUGUACGACCACCACGGCCAGCGCGCGGCGCGGACCAUGCCGAUCGGUCAUGCGCAGUUGUCGUGCUGCCCGCCCCAGCCUGGUGUCGCACCGGAUGGCGACGGCUCGCCAGCAAGCCUGGACUGGACCGGCGAAGUCAGGUGCAGCGAGCAGACGCAGGUCGCGAGCUUCAUGGCGGGGUCUAUCUGCGCGCAGGACUUUUUCGUCGUGCAGUUCCGCCCGGCGGGCUGUAAAACCAGCCAGCUGUAUACCACCCUCCGCUUCUCGCUACCGGUCAGGAUUGUCACUGAAUCGUGGAUGGAGAACUCGUGGCUGCGCUGAUGUCGUGUUAUCUGUCCCUUCUUGUACUAUAACCACCUAGAAAUUACGAAUGUAUGCAAUACCGACGCGUUGUGUCACAUCUCACGUGCGCCCAGCUACAC